ACUACUGUCAUUUUAUUGACAGAUAAUAGUUAGCAGACAACAAAAACACAUGCAUUGGCUUGUACAAUUUUUUUAAAAUGUUUAGUCUUAUGGAACUAAAAUUCAUUUAUCAAAGAAUAUACUGCUUCUAAAAAUAAAUUAUAGAGAAUCUACCUCAACUACCAUAUAGCUUCACUUUAAAAUAAAGUUUUAUUGAAAUUUGAAUGGUCUUGAUCCCAAAAACCGAAAUUGUAAAUACAAUUUAAACCAUGGCCAGAAACGCAGAGAAAGCAAUGACAACACUAGCACGUUGGCGUGCGGCACAAGUUCAGGAAGCGGGAGGCCAGCGAGAACGACGUCCGUAUCUUGCAUCAGAAUGUAAUGAUUUACCACAAGCCGAGAAGUGGAGGUUACAGAUUGUCAGAGAAAUUGCGAAAAAAGUGGCACAGAUACAGAAUGCCGGUCUCGGAGAGUUCCGGAUUCGCGAUCUUAACGACGAAAUUAAUAAACUUAUGAGGGAGAAGCGACAUUGGGAGGUUCAAAUUAAAUCUUUGGGCGGUCCCGAUCAUGCUCGAGUCGGUCCUAAAAUGUUGGACCAAGACGGGAAAGAAGUGCCUGGCAACCGGGGAUACAAAUACUUUGGAGCUGCAAAGGAUUUACCCGGCGUGCGAGAGCUAUUCGAACAAGAGCCGCCCCCGCCCCCUCGCCGGACGAGAGCGGACCUCAUGAGAGACGUCGACGCAGAUUACUACGGCUACAGAGACGACGACGACGGCAUUUUACUACCAUUAGAACAAGAGGCUGAAAAAGCAGCGAUAGCACGUGCAGUCGAUGAAUGGAAAAGAAACAAGGAACUCAACAAAGAUCAAGACCUUCCCGAAGAGGAAAAUAUUUAUCCUGAAGAUCCGGAUGACAAGAGGAUGGAAGACGAUGAAGAAGAACCCGAGAAAGCAACGGUCACCUCCCACGUGGCCGUGCCGUCGCAGAGGGACGUCGAAGAAGCAUUGCUCAGGAGGAAGAAGCAGGAACUAAUGGAGAAAUAUGGAUGCCUAGACGCCAAAAUAGAGAAGAGCUGACGGCCACCUAACAUUUUUCUGUGUGCUUAGUGCGAGUUUUUUAACGUUCUCGAUAGCGUAAAAGUUACCUGAAAUUUGUAUGCAGCUGGAACAGUGCCCCUAGCGGCAAACAUAGGCAAAAGUUCCAACUCCAUACAAAUUUGACUUAACUGUUACGCAAUCGAGAGCGUUUAAAAACUCGCACUAAGCACACUGUUGAUUUAGUAUAAGGAAACAAUAAAGAAAUAAGUAAUUGAAA